GCGUCAAAAUGAAAAGCGCCGCACGCAGCCUUUCACCUUUUAUUAGACCUGUUGAUGACUUAAACGAUGCGAAUUUUGCGCCCAGCAUUGGAAGGGCGUUCCGGCGCUUUAGAGAGUGGCGGCUGCGGGCGGCGCCGGGCGCUCGCCUCGGCCCCCGAGUUUGGCAAAUUAGCAGUGACCAUGCACGCGAAUUGGCCUGCUUGGGGCAUCUCCUUGGCCAAUCGAUAGCUGAUGUAGUAUCACAGCGGCCUGAUACGGAUUUAAUACGCAUGAUCCUGACACACACGAGCGAAAGAGUGAGCGAGCGAGCGCGUGCUGCCUGCCAGAGAGCGACGGCUGGCUGGCUGCCUCGGCGUUUUUGUUGCCGGGGGUUGCGUUGGUACCUCUGAUUUGUUUGAAGUUGUUAGGCGCUUAGCUGCUGCCGCUGUUACCGUGGGGUCACAUUAGGUGUGGUGUAGUGUGUGUGGAACGAGCUCGAGAGGCACACUCUCUCGCACUGGCCGAAUAUGACGCACUUGCGCAAAGCUUUGAUGCGCUCAAGGGCGCUCUGCAAACUAACAACAACUCUUUUCUUCGUUCCUUUUCGGAUUGUGUCACUGCUUAAUAUCGCGUAGCUCUGAAAUCGGAGGAGAGUACGCGUGCGGCUGCCGGCCGACCGAGUUGAACGCCUCUCGCCACCGACUAUGGUCAAGUACAAUGGCGGCGCAGUAGCCACAGGGAUCCCCAAAAUGGAGAAUUUUCCUCAGGCGAUCGACCCGAGGAAGCAGGAACUGUUGGAGGCCCGAUUCCUCGGCGCGUCUCGAGGCCCGCCGGAGUACUGCCCGUCGACCGCCUGCCAGUGUCCGACCGUCGCAGGCCCGCCCCCGCCUCCCCCGACGAGCUCGGCCGUGGGCGCCCGAUGUGCCAUGCCCUCCGGCUCGGCGGCGUCCAACCCUCUCGAGUGGAUGGUGAUGAACGCGGCUGGCAGCACUGCCCGCGUACCUGACCCGAGGCCACCACUCCAGCAGCAGAUGUCCACGGCGCCUCUCCAGAUGCCUCCGCAGGGGGUGCCCCAGGUGCAGCCACCCCCGCCCACAGCCCCUCCCCCAAUGCCCAACCCUGGGCACCCCAUGCAUAGUCAAGAUUCAAACUUGAGUACAGGUUCCUCUCACAGUGAUAAAGAAAUGGACAACACGCCAGAAAAAGUUCCUCGGAGUACAGAGCGCAAGCGGAAGCGGAAAGCAGACGACGGCGGCUUUGGCGGAGGGAGCAAGGGCUCCCGUAGUGAUAGCAAAAAAAUCAAUGAGUAUUUCCCAAAGCACCCCAGCAAUAGCCCCAUCAGGCAUGGGGGCGCCAAGAGUCCCUCUCCGCAGCAAGGCUACGUAAUGUUCCCGAGUCAGCAGAUCAUGGUCCCUGGCGACUACUCGAUGCAGCCUCCAACAAGACCCCAUAUCCAGUUUGCCACCAAACAAGUGCAAACAGAUCUAACCUGUCAGAAAAUUCAGGAAUUCGAGACGCAGGCGUCUUCUGACCUGGAGAUGCGCAACAAUAAAAUCGACGAACUUCAACGGUCAAACGACGAGUUGAGGCACCAGCUGUCAGUGCAGCAGAAGCUGAACGAGCAGGGCAAGAGUCACCACAGCAAGUGCAUCGACGUGGUCAAGAAGUUGCUCAAGGAGAAGUCGAACAUAGAGAAAAAGGAGGCGCGGCAGAAGUGCAUGCAGAACAGACUGAGGCUGGGUCAGUUCGUGACGCAGCGGGUGGGUGCCACCUUCCAAGAGAACUGGACGGACGGCUACGCGUUCCAGGAGCUGGCUAGGCGGCAAGAGGAGAUCACGGCCGAGCGCGAGGAGAUUGACAGGCAAAAGAAGCUGCUGCUGAAGAAGCGGCCGAGCAACAGCGAGACUGGCCGUAAGCGCAGUGGCUCGCAGGCUGCCGCCGCGGCCAGCAUGCACAACGGCGGCACCGACAGUGCGUUUCUCAAGCCGGACGCGGUCAGAGACUUUUCGUGGCAAGAGUACUACGAGGCCGACGAGAUCCUCAAGCUGCGGCAGAGUGCGCUGAAGAAGGAGGACGCCGACCUGCAACUCGAGAUGGAAAAGCUUGAGCGGGAACGCAACCUGCACAUCAGGGAACUGAAACGCAUCCACAACGAGGACCAGUCAAGGUUCAACAGUCAUCCCGUAUUGAACGACAGGUACCUCUUGUUAAUGCUGCUGGGCAAGGGCGGUUUCAGUGAGGUGCACAAGGCUUUCGACCUGAAAGAACAGAGGUACGUGGCUUGCAAGGUGCACCAGCUCAACAAGGACUGGAAGGAGGACAAGAAGGCUAAUUAUAUAAAGCACGCGUUGCGGGAAUACAAUAUUCACAAGGCGUUAGACCACCCUCGAGUCGUCAAGCUCUUUGACGUCUUUGAAAUAGACGCUAACUCCUUCUGCACUGUCCUCGAGUACUGUGAUGGCCACGACCUCGACUUUUACCUGAAGCAGCAUAAGACAAUCCCCGAGAGGGAAGCGAGGUCCAUUGUGAUGCAGGUCGUAUCGGCCCUCAAGUACCUCAACGAAAUCAAGCCCCCAGUAAUUCAUUACGACCUGAAGCCAGGCAACAUUUUGCUGACUGAAGGCAACGUAUGCGGAGAGAUAAAGAUCACAGACUUUGGUCUGUCCAAGGUUAUGGACGAGGAGAAUUACAACCCCGACCAUGGCAUGGACCUGACCUCUCAGGGCGCUGGCACGUACUGGUACCUGCCGCCAGAAUGCUUUGUCGUCGGUAAGAAUCCACCCAAGAUAUCUUCCAAAGUUGACGUGUGGAGCGUGGGUGUGAUUUUCUAUCAAUGCCUGUACGGCAAAAAGCCAUUUGGUCACAACCAGUCGCAAGCCACGAUUCUAGAAGAGAAUACAAUUCUGAAAGCCACCGAGGUGCAGUUUGCUAACAAACCGACAGUCAGCAGUGAGGCCAAAAGCUUUAUCCGGAGCUGUCUGGCGUACCGAAAGGAGGAGCGGAUUGACGUGUUCGCGUUGGCGCGGCACGAGUACCUGCAGCCGCCGAUCCCCAAGUCGGGCCGCAGCAGCCAGGCCAGUAGCCAGCAAAGCGUAGCGUGCCAACCGCACCCUCACACGCCGCUGCCGAGCCAGACGGUGGUGCAGCAGGCGCCGAGCACGCCACAGCCGCAGCAGACCUCCUUCCCGGCGGGCAUGUUUUCUGGCAUGAACGCCUCCAGCUCGUCGUAGUGGCCACUCCCGUGCGAGAAACUGUCCGAGUUGCCCCUGUAAAAAGGCACCCCCGCCCCGCCCCCCUCCAGGACGAGUCUCCGGCAUUGGGAAACGCGCGUCGUUAUGCUUGCUAGUAGCAUAAAUAUUUAAAAAAUUGAAUUUAUGAAGAAAAAAGGAAACAGCUGUUUGAAAAAAGAUGAUCCGUGGCUGGCGGGUUUUUUUGGCGAUCUCCGAAGACACUUUUUCUCUCUUUCUCUCCAAAACAAUAAAAUCUUGUAGGUUAAUUUUUUGCUUAGCUGUAAAUUUCUUUGAAAAAUUUUGUUAUUGUUUACGUGGUAGAAAAUGUAUUUUCUAAAAUGAACCCGCAAAGAUUGAUUUGAUUUUUGGUGCAAUCGCGUAUAUUUAAUUUAUUACUUUGGUUUGAGCCGUGUUAAAAUCUUGCCAAGAAAAAACCCACCUUGCUGCCAGUCCCGUUUAAUUGUAUCCGACACACAUACACUCACCACACACUUGGAAAUCAUCAGAUUUCAACAGUCGCAGCUUUUUUUUGUUUGCUUUUGAGUUUUGGUACGUGAAAAUCUGAAUAAGCUAAUAAACACACACACGAGUUCUUUCACGAGAGGAAUAAUUAUUAUCCGUCAUCGUCGUCUGACACGCGGCGCUGAGAACUGACGAAACCUAUUUAAACACAAACUGUGAAAAUGAAAACACGAAUCAUCUCAAGCGGCGGCCUCGAGAGGACAAUUGUCGCGGCCGCGAGUGAUUAUGGACGAUUCGAGCAAGAAGACAGUGGAAUGUGAUGUGUGACAGGCGGUUUGUUCUGCUCCAUAACGUGUGGCAUGCAAACAGUAAACUACGCUAGUGUGAUAUUAAGUAGUGCACGAUAAGCUAAUCAAAAAUGACGGAAAAAUUUGUUGCAGACAAUAUUUAUCGAGCAAAAGAAAGAAAAAAGAAUUCCAAGAACUACAUUUGGAUGUAUGUACAGUCUUGUAACAUAGUCCACCGACCCUGCAACAUGCUGCAUUCUGUUGCCCGGCGUUUUGUGAAACUCAGCCGGCAUUCGGGCUUCGAACACUGGACACCCAACUACUAACCAAUUGCAAAUCUGUCCCGUUGGAAACGAUCGAAACCCACCCCUCACCCCUUUUGACAGCCAGCCAAAUUGAGCCGCAAAUUUUUUACUCGACGAAAGCUGUCAGUGUGCGAAGUGCGAAUCGCCCGGCAAACAAUGUGGAGCCAAUACUGAUUGUACUUAAAAAAAUUAAAUUAAAUAAAAACACUGCGAGGAAGGAUCGGAAAGUGCAGCGUACGUACAAGCACACGGGGCAGAUUGAAAAUUUAGCAGAAAAAUAUUCUCCAACGAACAAACACAAAUUGUGAGCGUGUGCGGCGCCUACUUUACCUACAGCAAGCAAAUCUUAUCAUUGUCAUGAGCUUCCAUGUUCUGUAGUAGACCACAAAACCGAGAAAGAAAACCGAAUGGCAUUGUAAUAUUAACGAAUUAAUUCAAGUACUUCUAUCAAUCUCUCCUCAUUCAUUCUCACUCUCAUUACUCAAGAAACGACAAAACUCGAAUGUAUCAGCGAAGCAGCUCCCAUAAUUACUUGUUGUGCGCCACCCUCCGAGAGCUUGACCAACCGCCGCCUGCCAUGUUGAUGACAGGUCAUACAGACAUGUGGCGCUGUAGAAUAAAACAUACUUAGAACUUAAAAAAUUACAAA